CUCAUUGAAACUCCUAGUGGACCUAAUUCUUUACAUGGCGUGUGCAGCUUGAACGGACUAGUACGUCCCAAAUGGAGUGCACGGUGCCGUCGGCGUCAGAGGCCUACGAGUAUGCCCUGCGGACGCCCUCGCCGCGGCGACCGUCAGCGGCCCGGGGUUCUGCGUCAGAGGCGCAACACGCGGAGGCGCCCGUGGAGGGGCAACACGCAGAGGUCCCGAGCUGGGAGAGUGUUCCGCCGCCGAGCACGCCUCGAUGCCCAUGGCCCAGCCCGCUGACGCCGCCCCGGACGCCUCUGAAGCAGCUGCAGUUCUGUGAGUACAGUGAUCGUCUUAUCCCAUCCCGUGCGGGAUCGAAUCUGGAGACCGGCUUCGACUGGCUGACGGAGAAUGGGCCUCCAAAUGCGUCAACCGCCACGACCAGUGCCAAAGGAGAUGGUGAUCCGGCCGCCUUCGCCCGGCUGCUGCGCAGUGAGCUGUUGGGUUUGUCCUCACCGGCUAGUGUGGGAACUGAACGGGACGAACUGUCUUUGCGCACACCCGAACGCGGGCUCUUCCGGUACAAGAGCCAGGCAGAGGAAGCCGAGACAGCCCUACUCAGUGCCAGCACUUGCCUGGAGACUCCCCGCAAGGUGGCGCGACGCUUCCCGUCAGCCCCGUACAAGGUUCUCUCGGCUCCUGGUCUCGAGGACGACUACUAUUUGAACUUGUUGGACUGGUCCUUGGAUGACAACUUGGCCGUGGGCUUGGGGCGUGAUGUGGACCUUUGGAAUGCAUCGUCAGGUCGAGCCACACGCCUUUGUGAGCUGGAGACACCUGUCUGCUCGCUCCGUUGGAGCCGGAGGUCUCCACACCUGGCGCUGGGCCUGGCGGAUGGCGACGUGCAGAUCUGGGACAUUGCUGUCGGGGCGCGCUUGCAAAACCUUCAAGGCCAUCGCAGGCGGACCUGUGCCUUGGUAUGGGCCGAUGGCGAGCUCUUCAGUGGCUCACAGGACACCUCCAUCUUGCGCUGGGACCCUCGUGAGGGCAAUGGUCGUCCGACGCAACGCCUGGCUGGCCACACAGAGGAGGUCUGUGGCUUGAGUUGGUCGGAUGACUUGCAGCUGUUGGCCUCCGGUGGCAACGAGGGCCAGGUUUAUCUUUGGAGUCCAGCGCAGCCGCUGGCAGCGGCGCGACGGCUGGGGUGUCACACCGCAGCCUGCAAAGCCUUGGAGUGGUCGCCCCGGGGCGCCCUGCUGGCCACGGGCGGAGGCACCGCGGACCGGACAAUCCGACUCUGGAACGCGUCCACCGGCACGCAAACGUCGAUGGUGGAGACGGAUUCGCAGGUGUGUAACCUCGCUUGGUCGCAGGACGGAGAGCUGGUCAGUACCCAUGGCUUCUCCACAUGUGAAAUCAAUGUGUGGAAAAGCCAAGGAGGACUGUCUCGCCUUCACGUCUUUCAAUGGCACCAGGCGCGGGUGCUCUACAUGGCCAUGUCGCCGGAUCGGCAAAGCGCGGUGGUGGGCACGGGCAACGAGAUGCUGUGCUUUUGGCACCUGGCGCCCAAGGGCCCCAAGGCGAGCCUGACACCGGGCUCGAGCUGUUCGGCCACGAUCUCAGAGGGGUCAAGCCUGAGCCGAACCAUCCGCUGAGCAAGGAGUUUUCUGCUGUGGUGGAAGGGCCCGAAGGAGAACUUGGGGGGUGAGCCCUUUCAACAGAUAUGAUAUGACUCAUGUAAGUAGUUAAGACAGUCCCUGUCGAGAUCCUCUGAGCAAGCCCUUAAAGCAGUGUACAGAAAACACGACAUCAGUUCUUCUUUGGCUGGAGACGUGGCUGGGGUAAAGCUCCAAUCUGUCAAGUCUUGGAUCGGUCUUCCAAUUGACCUGGCUUGGUUGGGAUGAUCCACAUCCAUACCCGAGGGAGAUCCUCACCAUGUCAGGUUUUCACACGUGGAGGAUGAGAGGUCACUGCGCUGACAGCAGGUAUUUGAGGUUGCGAGCCUCUGUAGGGGCCUGGAACCCAGAGGUUCCAGGAUUCAGGAAGUGGGAAGUGUCUCAAACUGCAAGGAC